GCGGCCACAAGAACGACCAUACAAGUUGUUGUCUGUACGUACAGUACUGUCAGUUCACAGGAAGGGCCUACUUUUGAACACACCGCCUUGUUGCAAGAGGUAUAACCGUCCCCCUUAGCUCUACUAGCCGCCUUCGUUACGUGAAGUAAGAUCGGAGCAGACGAGGCGUCUGUAUUGACAGACGAGUCUAGCACCUGUGAGAGCUGCCUUCCAUUUGAAGUGAUACUUGCUAUUGAUGUCAACACUACAGCAAACAAAGCGUACAGACAUGCAUUCCCAGCCUCCAAACUCUCAGAGUGUGGGAUAGAGACACUGACAGUGAAACAGUUGGAUGAGUGGAAAAUCGACAUGAUAGUGAUGAGUCCGCCGUGCCAGCCGUUCACACGCGUGGGCAAAAAGUUGGAUACAGAAGACCUACGUAGCAAGUCAUUCCUCCAUCUCCUCAGUCUCCUACCAAAACUGACCUACUGUCCAUCCUACAUCCUUGUGGAGAACGUGAAGGGAUUCGAGUCAUCACAGACUAGGGACAGACUGCUAGACACACUCCAUACCUGUAGUUUUAACUUCCAGGAAUGUUUGCUGACCCCCUUGCAAUUCGGGAUUCCUAACUCCAGACUGCGUUACUACCUAAUAGCCAAGAGAGCACCAUUGAAAUUCAGCUUUAAAACUAGUGAAAAGAUUCUAGAUACAGUACCAAGCUUUGCGGCAAGAUGGCUAUCAUACAAAGUGCACAAAAAAUGCAGCAGUUCAAGAUCUGCUAUUGGUUCAGAGGCUGGCGCAUCCACAACAUCAGCUGUUGCCACAGACACCACAGAGACAUGUGGAACCACCAUGUCACCACCUAUUGGCACCGACAUCACAGGGACAGGUGGAACCACCACGUCACCACCUGUUGGCACAGACAUCACAGGGACAAGUGGAACCUCCACGUUGCCAGUUGCCACCAUUGCCACUGACACCACGGUGAUUGAUGGAACAAAAACACCAUCAACCAACACCCCUGCUGACAGUGGUAUACAGAUUGGCAUCAACAGUAACAACAAACAUACAAUAUGUUCACAAAAAUCUUCAGAAAAGUCAAAUAUGUGUUCAAAUAUUCAUGGAGAAGGAGGUCAAGAACAUACAAACUUUUGUACAAGUUUGUAUGAAAAGAACAGGGUUGGGUAUAGUGGUAAAUAUCAGGCAUUGCUUGAGUAUGGACAUAACAUGAGGCAGCUGGAAAGCGAUGUCCGGAAAUUGUCUGAGGAAUGUGUGAGUCUUGGACAUUUCCUGGAACAAAGAGAACAAGAGCAUUUUGAUGCCUAUAGACUUACAGACAAAGAGCUGCGGCGUUUUAUAGUGAUGGAUAUUGUACACCCUUGUCUCACCAAGACGAUCUGCUUCACCAAGAGGUACGGUCACUUUAUGGAGGGUGCCGGAUCAAUUAUUCAGAUGACCACAGAUGUUGAGGUUGUAAAGAGAGCUAGUGAGUUUAAACACAGUGCCAUGGAAUUACAGAAUCGUGACGAGUGGGGAGAAGAGGACAUAGCCAUCAUCAGGGCCCUACAGCUACGCUACUUUACACCUCGAGAAAUAGCAAACCUCCUGUGCUUCCAACAAGGCUACAGUUUCCCAGAAGACCAAUCCAGAAUACAGUCAUACCGGUUGCUAGGCAACAGUCUGAAUGUCCAUGUUGUGUCCGUUCUGCUGAGGAUGUUGGUGGAUGGGGACACCUGAUGGAUAAAAAUCCUUGAGAAUGUCUUGUGAUGGAAACAUGACCUUGAUGUUAUGGGGACUUGACCUUGAUGGGAAGCUACGUGGACAGAAAUUAAUCUAAUAACCCACGCAUUCCGUGAUCAGUGUGUAGAUUGCCUCCACUAUCUGCCAUUGAUACUUUGCUCUCCAUCACCAACCCUCCUUACGUACCAGUGCUAUCCUGCAUACUGUUACGUACAGGUUUAAACCAAAAUGGACGCAUUAAACAUUAAAGCAAGUGUACAAGAUGUGUUGAUAUUCAUAUAAAAGCGUGUGUAUUGUAACCUCAUGUGUAUAACAAACUGAUGUUACAUCAGUGUGUAUGAAUAUCAACUACUGCAUGACACGUGGCUAUAGGGGGCUAGUUUUGAGUUCCUUUGAGGUUUGUUUUAAACAUGCUAAAAGUGCAAUAUGUUAAUCAGGAGAUAUUUUCUCGAGUGGUUUAUGCCAUAUAUCUUUUCUGGUACCAUUCAAACUUGUGAUGAUAGUCAUACUUUUACAUCAAAUACAAAUAAAGAA